CUCCAUGAACAUUACCUUACACCUGAAAGUUUCACUUAUAUCUCAAUGGAGACCAGAGCAAACAUUGCUUGCGACCAGUGCCAUGGUCACAAGCUCAAAUGUACUCCCCUCUCGCAGGGAUGUGUUCGUUGCACUCGUCUCGCCAUACGAUGCACCUACACUCGACUACCCAAGAAGCGUGGCAGGAAAUCAACCCGCUCACGACCAUCCCCGGCAUUGGUGCAGCAUGCUCCUGACUACCCCGUCUUGGACUGUUUGAACGGGCUCUCAAUCCUCAGUCCCGAGAAGGAGAAGACGGAGUGAGUCUCGCUAAUUUGACCUCGACCCAACUCUUCUAAUUACCGCCUCAAGAUCCACUACUCUCCCACCCACACGCUAUGAAGCAUCGCGGCUGCUGGAACAUUCCUAUGAAUCUC